AUUACGAAUAAAUUGAGAAAUCUCCACUGCCAGAAAUAUGUUGCCAUUUUAAUUUUCAGCCUUCCAUUUAUCAUCCCCACACGAUGGCGACUCCGGCCGUGGAAGGCGUAGUAGUGCCGGCGCUGCGGGCGGUGCUUCACCGUGUCCGAAUCGCGGCGGAGAGAUCCGGCCGCCGCGCCGAUGAUGUAAGGGUGGUUGCAGUGAGCAAGACCAAACCUCUGUCCCUCAUUGACCAACUCUACGCCGUCGGCCAUAGAUGUUUCGGCGAAAACUAUGUCCAGGAAAUUAUCGAAAAAGCCCCUCAGCUGCCUGAAGACAUUGAGUGGCAUUUCGUCGGCCAUUUGCAGAGCAACAAAGCGAAAGCGCUGCUGACUGCUGUUCCCCAUCUGGCCAUGGUUCAGGGCGUUGACACUGAGAAGAUCACAUCCGUUUUUUCUGGAUUAAUGACGAUUGGGAUGCCAGACUACACAUCAACCCCUGAGAACUUCAAGACUUUAUUGAACUGUAGAGCUGAGGUAUGCAAAGCCCUUGAAAUCACGGAAUCCCAGUGUGAGUUAUCAAUGGGCAUGUCUGGUGACUUUGAGCAAGCGAUUGAAAUGGGUAGUACUAGCGUGAGAAUCGGAACAACCAUAUUUGGGCCAAGGGAUUACUCAAAGAAGUAAUGCACUUGUUUCUUGGGUAAGCAAAGAGUUGAUCUCUUACUUGAUUCACUCAUAUUGAUAUUGAUGUCAUCCCAGCAAUAUACUCAUGUUCCUAAUCAUAUCUACUUAUGGAUGAACAACUUAUUGUAGAUAAUGUCAUAUAUAUGGGAUGGUGUAUUCAUUUGUUAUUUGAUCGUUGGCUCCAUAUAUGUAUUCAUUUGUUAUUUGA